AAAAAAUGUGUGCUGUAGCUGCCCCAGCCCUCCACCAACAACAACAUGGUCACGUCGUGUUGUUCUUAUGGCUGCAAGGAACGAUUUGUUAAAGGCGGUUCUAUCACUUUUCACAGUUUUCCUAAAGAUGAAAACCAAAGAAAAUUGUGGAUUAAUGCCUUGCGACGCUACAAGUUUGUUCCAAACACCAGCACAAGGAUUUGCUCAAAGCAUUUUGAGAAUGACUGCUUUGAUGAGGAAAAAUUUGGUGGUCGUUGGCUGAAAAAAAAUGCAGUGCCGACUAUUUUCAGCUUUCCAGCACGCUUACACAAUCGGUCAAAGCUACAAAGGCCACAGAGAGAAAGAGUGCUGCCAACCCAUACCUCAGCAUCACCAGUAGAUACCAAGCCACAAAAAAAAACAUUGCUUACAUCCCACACCUCAGAAUCACUAAAAAAUAUCAGGCCAACGAGAACAAAAUUGUUAGCAGACAACACCACUGCAACACCAAUAGAUUCCAUGUCACAGAGAAAAAAAUUACUGAUACACUACACCUCAGCAUUAUCAGUAGAUAUGAAACUACCAAGAAAAAAGUUGUUGGCAGAUCACACUUCAGUAAUGCCAAUUGAUAACAAGACAAGAAUACAGUUGUUGGCAGACCACACCCAAGCAUCACCAAUUGAUAACAGUGAUAUUCCCAGUACCUCUUCUCUGGUUGAGCCAGCAAUUUCUGAACCAAUGGUUGCAGCUAUUGUACAGCCAGCUACACCAAUAGAUAAUAAGCAAUCAAGAAUACAUUUUUUGGCAGACCACACAUAUCCAGCAUCACCAGUUGAUAACAGAAAUAUGCUCAACACCUCUCCUCAGGUUGAGUCAAUAAUUUUAACACCAAUAACUGCAUCCCUGCCACCACAGUCUACUCCAAUGGCUGCACCCCAAUCACCACCAUCAGUGCCAGUAGCUGUAGCCUUGCCAUCACCAUCGAUACCAAUAACUACAGCUGUGUCACUAUUACCACCAAACAAACGAUGUAAACGUUUCAGAUAUGUAGGCGAUUUUACUGAAGAAGUUCUGUCAUCACAUUCAGAAACAAGAAAAUGUUUAACUAUUGCAAUGAAAAAGGUUCAGCAACAAAAGAAAAAGUUAAAAUUCCUUACUCAAAAGAAUCGUCGUUUAAAGGAAAAGGUUGAAACUCUUAGAUCAUUAGUCUUGUUAAAUAAGAAGUCAGUGGGUGCACCUGAAGACAUGUUGCAGUUGACUGUAUCAGGCACAGCAGCAGAACUAUUAAAGAGAACAGAAAAAGGAGCAUCACGAGAAGAGUAUCCACCUGAACUUCGAAGUUUUGCAUUGACACUAUACUAUUGUUCAAGCAGAGCCUAUGACUUUGUUAGGAAAACUUUAAAUACAGCUUUACCACACCCUAAAACUUUAAAGAAGUGGUGUAAGUCUUUUGAUGGGAAACCAGAGGUUACUUCAGAAGCUCUACUUGCACCUAGCAAAGAUUGUUCAAUGCUUACUGCAGAAGGAAAUUGUACACCUUUAAGCACAAAUUGUUCUAAGGAGUUUACAGCAGAAGCUUUGUGUGUACUUCCAAGCAUAGAUUGCUCAAAAGAGAGUGCUAUAGAAGAAAAGUCUGCACCAUCAAGCAUAGAUUGCUUGAAAGAGGUUGUUGCAGUAGUUUUGUCUGAACCUUCAAGCAUAAAGUGCACAAAGCAUGGUACUGUAGACACAUUGUCUGUACCUGCAGAAGCUCUCUCUGCACCUUGAGUCAGAUUGCUUGAUAUUUUUGACUGACAAUCCUGUUGCAAGAAGAGAACAUUUGCAUUUUCUGCUUUUUAAAGCCAUAAUUAUGUAUCCUCCAAAAGGAUUCCUUAUAGUUUUCACUCUUUUCAUGUAUAGUGGUACGUGAAAUAUCUGUCUUGUUAUUGGACCAUGUAGCUCUUGGUGAGCCCAUGGUGACAGAUUUUAAAACCAUGUUAACAAUUGGGUGUAAUUACCUAGGUGUAGUUACAGGAUGAGAGCUACGCUCAUGGUGUCCCAUCUUCCCAACACACUUUGUCAUAUAACACUUUUAAAUUACUGACGGUCUUAGAAUCCUCCACCUUCUCACCUUGUGUGGGUGUGGGUGACCUUCAAUGAUAUCUUGAAAACUAUAUGAAUUGUUGCCCCCAAAUUACUACACACUUGUCCUGAUAGUAAAACAAGUGUGUGUAGAAAUAUUAUUAUUGUGAUGAUAAUAAUUAUAAUAUUCUCUGUAACACAAUAAAUUAGGGAGCUUUGCAAAACAGUGAAAGCUCGCUUGAAUGGAACCGGCAUCUUUGGAAAGUUGUAUGCAAAGGAAUCAGCGACUCCCAAUGUUAAAAAUCGGUUGACACCAGUCUUUCUGAAAAAUAUAGGAAAAGUUCUGUGUAAAUAGAAGGUAUUUUUGGGAAUAGAAAAUUGUUGAGAUAAACAUAAAUUUAAGUAAUUAGGAGAGGAGAAGCAUGGUUUUCCAACCAAACAUAUUUGGCUCUCUGGAAGUCACAGUUCUGGAUAAAUCUGGUUGGUCCAUAUUUUAAUUUAUAGGCCUUGGCUACAACCGACUUGUAUAUUAGCUCACUUUGUUUCAUAAAUUAUGAGCAGCAUACAAAAAUUUAUUUGCCUUGGGUUAGUGAAUGUUCUUAGAUUUGCCAGUCCCUGUUUAUUGGUUUCCCCUAUUUAAUAAUGUCAGUAAGCAUAUGUAAAAAGCCCUUAGGAUAGUAAAUAGAGAAAGUAUAAGACAAAUGACAUUAUACAAUAAAUUUAUACAAAAUACUGUAUAAAAUCUUAAUUAAAUUUAAUUUAGUUUUUCUGAGUUGGCCCCUCAGUAGUUGCCAAUGCAUUAGGCUCUGGUACAAUAAAGCGAGAGAGCACUACCAGGCCUCUGGACAUGCUCAUGCAUACUGAACACUAGGAGCAGAAUCUCCUAGUGAUUCUGAAUUCACUAGGAGCAGAAUUCUCCUAGUGGUUAAAUCCCCAACUGACCAAAUGGUUGGGCACCAUUCCUUUCCCCCAUCCCAAUUUCUUAUCCUGAUUUCUUCCAAGUACUAUAGUCAUAAUAGCUUGUCACUUUCUCCUGAUAGUUUCCUUCCUUCCUUUGCUAGUGAUUCUGCGCCUAAAAUCACUAGAAGAUUCUAGAAUAGACAAAAAAGAACAUGAUGACUAGAGAUUAAUCCAAAACAGAAAACUAGCCCUAACUGCAGUAUGCCAGUGGAAAAUGAUCAUUAAGUUGAUGGACAGUGCAUCAACAAAGUGGCAGUGACGGAAAGUGGCUGACUUUGGGACUCCUGUUUCUCUGUACCAGUACUAUACUAUUCUCUCCUGUGGUGCAGGUACAUAUGCCACUCUGUACAGUACUGACAAAAAAAAAAGACUUCUUGAAACCUGUAACUUCAAGAACAAAAGGCCAUAGAUUCAAACUAAGGAACCUCAGAAACACUGACCACUCGUGCUACUGAUAUUUUAAAUUUCUAUAUAAAUAUUGAAUUCCAGGUGUCAGAACCCAGGGCUAAGUGCAUGGGCAUGUUGUCAAUUUCUCUUCCAAAGUUUGCUGUGCAUAUGCUAUAUCAGUUAUAUUGUCAAGGGUUGGAUAGCAUUCAUAAAGCUGCUGUUCAGACCUUCAAC